AUGGCCAAAUCAAUUACCGACUCACUCGAUGCUGCCUGGUUCGGGAACUUAGAGGAGGGUGAGGCAGAUGAGGAUGUGGUGCAAACACCACCUAAGAAAAGGGGGCGAGCAGAACCCAAGAGUACUCAGAAAUCCAAAGCGAAAGCAAAAGCAAAGGCCUCCCCCAAGACCAAGGCGAAAGCCGUCAAACGCACUGUUGUCAAAAAAUGCCGUGGAUGCAACAGAAAACUCCAGCCCGGAGAAUGUGCUCCGAAUUGGCCGGGAUGCGUGAAGUGCAAAAGGGCCCUCGACAACAUCACGAAGCAGGCGUCCCGGCAAGGCGUCAAGGCGCAGGAAUUUGUGGCGGAAUGCCGCCAAGAUGAUGCCAAGCUGCAGCAGAUGCUUGCAUCCUAUCAUGAUCUUUGCCCUGAGGCAACGGAUGAAGGUGCAAGCUGCUGCGGCCGAAAGCGCGGGACAUGGAGCCUGGUGCAGUACCAGGAGAGGGUUACAGCUGCAAGCGGCAUCGUGAAAGAUUGUUUGGGGGAGAUGAUGUUCGAGCGAUUGUACAUCGAGCAUGCGCAGACUACUCGCGGGGGCCGACUCCGUGAGGAGGAAGCCCAAGCCCAGUGGCUGAAGUUCAUGACCCUCAUCAAGAACAAGAGUCCAGACGUGAUGUAUGAUCACGCGGGGCCAAAUGGACAGGUCCGGGUGUGGAUCAAGACGGCAGAUCUCAUGAAGUUUCGGAGUACCUAUUUCAAAGAAAAAGAGAUUCUUUGUGUUGGAGACUCUGUGAAGAAAGGGACCGCUGCAGACGUCGACAAGUUCCGAGGCGAGAUCAUGCAGAACCAUGACCGAAACAUGGGUUUCCAAGAGGUUGCUCAGGCACUUACCCGCACUGAGAACACCUUUGGCGGGAACGAUGGCUUUCUCCUGAACGUGCUUGAUCUCCUGCCUGACGUUGAUGGCGAGGAGGAUGACGAGGAGAUCGGCGAAGAUGGUGCCAAGCCUGAUGGUGCACCUCGCGAGGCUGAUUCAGUGUGGGUCGACCGCGACCGUGUUGUCUCUUCGAAUGUCCGCUUCUUCACGAACCAGCUCAAAGCCUUUGAGGACAAGGCUCUUGAACAGCUGAAGAAGCAAAUGGUUGCCAAGGAUGAGCUGCUUGCUGAGCUCCCGGACUCAGCGCGGGAUGACUUCGCUGGGGAGCUUCGGAUCCUCGAAGUUCGCCUUGAGGCGAUCGACUUGUGUUUCCAGCAGAAGAACCCAGAGAAGGUGAAGCAGUUCAUCGCUCGCUUUAGUGCGCCUCCCGCUGACGAGUCCAUGGCUUCCGUUCCUGUUGCUUUGGGCAACGCCCCCCCUUGCGAGCUCUAUGCAAAGCUCAGGCCUGUGACCGAUGUUCAGGAGCUUGUCCAGAAGUUCCACACAGCAACGCUGCCCAAGCACAUCAAGGAAGUCACGGCCUCGAUCAGCGAGAUGAAGGCGCCGUUGUCGCAACUCCUGCAGAAUGCCACCAAAGCUGAACGCAGCAUCAAGGCGGCCAAGGAGCAGCUGAAGCGCCAAAAGAUCAAGGCGGCUGCGCAGGAGAGCAAGAAGGCUAAUGAGUCCUCCAAGGAAGCCAUGGCCAUCUUUGAUCAGGGGGCGGCGACUGCACUCCAGGUUCCCCGCAUGACCAUGGCUGAGGCCAAGGAGAAGCUCAAGGAUGCUGACUUGACCACCCCAAUCAUCAUUGAGGCCAAGGAUCUCUUGACAGAUGCGUUGGGUUCUGUGAAGAGCCAGAUGGAUGGCUUCAGCGCAGGCUUUGACAUUGGCAGGCAGCAAAAGCCUGGCAUCCGUGCGUCCAAACCCGUGGAGGACGAUGACAAGACUCAGGCCUGGAACUUCAGCGCAAAGCUUAAGGAGCUCUUUGCAGAUUCAGGAGCUUUGGUGCCCACAGACUCUGUGGGUGAGACCUUGAAGAAGCAAAUGGUGACCAGCAUUUUCGGCAUCGAUACCAACUAUGACAAGGUCUGCAGUGAACCAUGUGGCCUACCAGCAGUUCGGUUGACAGUCCAAGGAAGCCGUGCAAUGGUGGCCACAGACAGUUUGCAAUUGCAGCAGUUCAUGAUUCGCAAAGGUGUUGCUCCUCCGAUUCCAGUGACGCGGCAGGGAUCGUUUUUCCGGAGCAUGAAUUCUGCGAUGAUUGCAGAGUACAUCCAGGUUUGUUCGGUGUGGGCCACAACGAUUACUGCGGGCGAUCUGCUCCUUGUGCCCUUUGGUUUGAUUGUGGGGGAGAGUGUGAAGGAGGUGACCUAUGGUUUGCGACAUCCCCUGAUCAUCAAAGCUAGCAGGCAGGCCAACCUUCAGCAAGGUUUGGAGAAGAAGAAGCAAGAGUAUGAGGCUGCGAUUGCAGCUUCCAAAAGCGAGGAUGCAAAGAAUCGCUACAAAGUAGAGUUGGAUGUUAUCACGGAGUUGGAGACGGCUGUGACUGCGCCAGCGUGA